GCGGGCUCCGGGGCAGGACGCAGGGCGGGGUCGAGGCGGAGCGCCCCGGGCCCGCCCCGCUGUGGGGUCUGCGCCACCCGUCCGGUCCCGUGACGCUGGUCAGUGGCGCGGGUCACGAGUGCCGACUCGACCGACGGCAGCAGCGACAUGGCCUCGGAGCAGGAUGUGCGCGCCCGGCUGCAGCGCGCUGGCCAGGAGCACCUCCUGCGCUUCUGGGCCGAGCUGGCGCCGGAGUCGCGAGCCGCGCUGCUGGCGGAGCUGGCGCUGCUGGAACCCGAGGCGCUGCGCGAGCACUGCCGGCGGGCGGCGGAGGCCUGCGCGCGCCACCACGGCCCGCUGCCCGGCUUGGCCGAGCGCCUGCGGCCCCUGCCCGCCGAGCGCGUGGGCAGGGCCAGCCGCAGCGACCCCGAGACGCGGCGGCGCUGGGAGGAGGAAGGUUUCCGCCAGAUUGCCCUGAACAAGGUGGCUGUCCUGCUGCUGGCGGGGGGGCAGGGCACUCGCCUGGGCGUGACCUACCCCAAGGGUAUGUACCGUGUGGGGCUGCCCAGCCAGAAGACCCUGUACCAGCUGCAGGCGGAGCGGAUUCGGCGGGUGGAGCAGCUGGCCGGUGAGCGCCACGGGACCCGCUGCACCGUCCCCUGGUACGUGAUGACCAGCGAGUUCACUCUGGGGCCCACGGCCGAGUUCUUCAGGGAGCACGACUUCUUCCACCUGGACCCCGCCAACGUGGUCAUGUUUGAGCAGCGCCUGCUGCCUGCUGUGACCUUUGAGGGCAAGGUGAUCCUGGAGCGGAAAGACAAAGUUGCCAUGGCCCCAGAUGGAAACGGGGGCCUCUACUGCGCACUGGAGGACCACAAGAUCCUGGAGGACAUGGAGCGCCGAGGAGUGGAGUUUGUGCACGUGUACUGUGUGGACAACAUCCUGGUGCGACUGGCAGACCCUGUCUUCAUCGGCUUCUGUGUGUUGCAGGGCGCAGACUGUGGCGCCAAGGUGGUGGAAAAGGCAUACCCCGAGGAGCCCGUGGGCGUGGUGUGCCAGGUGGACGGCGUCCCCCAGGUGGUGGAGUACAGCGAGAUCAGUCCUGACACCGCACAGCUGCGUGCCUCUGACGGGGGCCUGCUGUACAAUGCAGGCAACAUCUGCAACCACUUCUUCACCCGAGGCUUCCUUAAGGCGGUCACCAGGGAGUUUGAACCUUUGCUGAAGCCACACGUGGCUGUGAAGAAAGUCCCGUAUGUGGAUGAGGAGGGGAACCUGGUAAAGCCGCUAAAAGCCAACGGGAUAAAGAUGGAGAAGUUUGUGUUUGAUGUGUUCCGGUUUGCUAAGAACUUUGUUGCCUUUGAAGUACUACGGGAGGAGGAAUUUUCCCCACUGAAGAAUGCAGAGCCAGCCGACAGGGAUAGUCCCCGUACCUCCCGCCAGGCCCUGCUCGCCCAGCACUACCGGUGGGCUCUGCAGGCAGGGGCCCGCUUCCUGGAUGCCCAUGGGGCCUGGCUCCCAGAGCUGCCCGGCUUACCCCCAAAUGGAGACCCUCCGGCCAUCUGUGAGAUAUCGCCCUUGGUGUCUUACUCUGGAGAGGGUUUAGAAGUGUACCUGCAAGGCCGGGAGUUCCAGUCCCCGUUCAUCUUGGAUGAGGACCAGGCCAGGGAGCUACUACAGCCGCAGGAGUCCUGACAUGCCCAGACUGCCCCCAGACUGCCCCCAGACCUGCUAGCCCUGGCGUCCUGGAGCUGGGGGCUAUGGCCCCAGCCUGAGCUCUGGAUGGGGAAGCAGCCUGCCACGUGCUUCCAGCCUGCAGAACACAGAAGGAAACGUGCUGGUGGACUCCGUGAGGGCAGGGCCUCUCCUGUCGCCUCUGGACACAAGUGGCUACAGCCUGCUGGGGGCUCUGUGGCUCCAUUCCCGGAUGUGGGGUCUAGUUGAGAGGCAGAGGGACUUGGGACCUGGGAGAAUGGGGUUGAGAGGAGGAUUCGGGUUGGGGCCCAAGGGAGGUGUGGUGUCAUCUGGGGAGAACAGGAGGGCACGUCCCUUUGGGAGCCCGCCCUGGGAUCCACCACACCCAGUGGAGCACUGGAAGCUGCAUAAGCUACGCAGGACGUGCUUCUUUCUGCAGCCUACCGAUGCAGAACCGGAAUGAGGGGAACAAUUCCACCCAGUUGAGGGCUGCCCCCUCCUCCUCAGCAGCCGAACCAGUAAUGGGGGCAAGGCUGGGGCAUCCCAGCCCACAUACCCUGGAUGCCCAGCAAGGCCACAGAAAGGGUCUGAUGUCCGUGAUCCAGGUGGCUCUGAGAAGCUUGGCCUGGACACCUGAGGCUGCGGCCUUCUCCCCAUCUGUCCCCAGGGCCUCUGCCUCUCAGCCUCUUCCAUGGUCCGUUUAGGCUGCUGAAUUUUCUGUGCUUCCCCAACAACCAGUGGGAUCAACGCUGGUGGCCUCUCUGAUGGUUGCUGACUAAUCCGGGAUUUCAUGAGUCAGAGGCACUACCCCUCGCCCCAGCUGCCUGCUGCUUCUGAUGGAUCUUCGUGCUCAGGCUGCCCAGCUCCCCGAGUGAGGACUCAGCCUCCAUAUUUGGUGCCUUGGCCCCUCCCUGCACUCAGGAGUGGCUGGGACAAGCCAGCUGCCCCAGGGUUCUUCCCCUGGUGACUCUCACCUGCUUUCUCAUCUCGGGGGAGGCAGUAGCACCUCCCUCUCCCUGCUGACAUGAAGAGAGCUAUGAUAUGCAACUGCUGCUAACGCAUCCUCUGCCCCCACCUCGAAACCCACGGCCCCUAGUAGAGGGCCGCUACUCAUCCCCAUUGGUUUCCCAGGGGAGGGGUGUUAUCUGGAAGAGCAGGUUUAGAUGCAACCUUCCAGAUUUAGAGGCACGGGGAGGACAGUGGCUGAGUGGAGGCGCCCAGACCUGGGCAGGCAGCAGGCUCAGGCCCACACCUUGUGAUAUUUGAAACCAAAGCCUUCCUUUUCCCUGGCUCCGCCCUUCUUAUUGCAAACCUUGCUGUGCCUUAGGGCCCUUCUCAUAGCUACUCCUCAUGGCCAGGACUGGAACAGGGAUGCAACCUCUUUCUACAUAAGCAUAGUUAGUGGGUGAAGUCUUUUUUUUUUUUGAGAUGGAGUUUCACUCUUGUUGCCCAGGCUGCAGUGAAGUGGGGUGACCUUGGCUCACUGCAACCUCUGCCUCCUGCCUCAGCCUCCCGAGUAGCUGGGAUUACAGGCACCCACCACCAGGCACCAGGCACCUCUUUGAGUAGAGAUGGGGUUUGACCGUGUUAGCCAGGAUGGUCUCCAUCUCCUGACCUCAUGAUCCACCCACUUCGACCUCCCAAAGUGCUGCGAUUAUAGGUGUGAGCCACUGCGCUGGGCCAGUUGCUGGCAUCUUAAUGUUUGUAGGUGGGACAUUUCCAAUAAACACAAGGUGCUGUGAUUGACUGCUACCCUG